AUGGCUCAAGGAACUUUAGUAAGAGAGCAUUGUCUUAAAAUGAUCUCUUAUCUGAAUACACUAGAGGUUUUAGGUGCCGACAUUGAUGGAGAAUCCCAAGCGGAUAUGAUACUCCAAUGCUUGCCAGAAUCAUUCAAAGAAUUCAAACUUAAUUAUAAUAUGAACAAAAAGAUUUAUACCUUGUCUGAAUUAAUGAAUGAAUUAGUGGCAGCGGAAGGCAUCCUUGGUACAGCCAGUAUUAAUGCUAAUAUGGCUGAAGCUUCCUCUUCUAAGCCUAAGUCGAAAGGCAAGGGUGGUAAGAAGAAGAAGGACUUCACUAAAUAA